AUGCAUGAGAUGGGUUUAGACGCGUACAGGUUCUCCAUUGCAUGGCCCCGGCUUAUACCAGAUGGAAGAGGAGAGAUCAAUCUGAAGGGCCUGGAGUACUACAGUAACUUAAUAGAUGAAUUGAUACGUCACGGCAUACAACCUCAUGUCACAAUCUACCAUUUAGACCUCCCUCAGUCCCUUCAGGACGAAUACAAUGGACUGCUCAGCCCCAGAUUCAUAGACGAUUACACAGCGUAUGCUGAAGCCUGCUUCAAGAGCUUCGGUGACAGGGUGAAGCACUGGGUCACCGUCAACGAGCCCAACAUAGAGACCAUCGGAGGCUUCGACAACGGCCGGCUUCCACCGCAGCGCUGCUCCCAUCCCUUCGGCGAGAACUGCACCAGAGGGGAUUCUACGACGGAGCCGUAUGUAGCCGCCCACCACCUCCUGCUCGCACAUGCCUCGGCAGUGCGCCUGUAUAGAGACAACUACCAGGCAACUCAAAGAGGACAGAUAGGGAUCACUCUCUUGGGCUGGUGGCAUGAGCCUGCUACCAACUCAUCGCAGGAUGCAGCGGCUGCAACGAGGAUGAACGACUUCCACAUUGGAUGGUUUAUGCAUCCUUUGGUGUAUGGGGACUACCCUACUCUGACGAGGAGCAGGGCAGGAGCACGGCUGCCGUAUUUAACAGUGGAGCAGUCUAAGAAUUUGCGUGGAGCAUUCGACUUCAUCGGCAUCAAUCACUACCUCGUUGUUCGCACGCGAGCCCACGACAGCACUUUCAAUCUGGAGCAGAGAGACUACUAUGCUGACGCAUCUGCCAUUGCAAAUCCAUUCGAAGAUAUGCAAGCGGGACGUCUUGAGUAUGCUCCUUGGGCUCUAGGGAAGCUACUGGACCACCUGAAACUCAAGAACGGAUCGGACGCGCGGGGAUACUUCGUGUGGUCUUUCCUCGACGUGUUUGAGUUGCUGUUUGGCUACCGUUCACGCUUUGGUCUGUGCGGCGUCGACAUGAACAUCAAGGAGAGGCCAAGAUACGUGAGGAGCUCUGCCCGCUGGUACUCCGGCUUCCUCAACGGCGGCGAGCUGCGGCCGUCCGGGAGAGCCUACAGAGCUGCAUGA